GGCGGGGGGUUGGCUCGCCCUGACAGGAUUAAUUCUCUCCAGGACGGUCUCCCGGCGGCUGAGGGUGGGAGCCGCCCGCAGUGCCGCCGUCCGGCGCGGGUCGGGUGGCUGGGCGGGGGUCUGUUCCGAGCCGCCCGGCGGAGUCCGCGCCUCCGGCGGCGACGAUGGAUCCGGGGAGCGCCUGGCGGAGGGUGGCAGGCUCCCCUGCGCCCCACGGAGUGUGGAGACCUUGUUCCUCUUCCCCCUGCUGCUCAGCCUCGCUGCUGGAUAUGAACAGCUGGUUGCUCUUCUACGGCGUCCUGUACCUGGUGCUCUAUGCCCAGGUGUCCCAGUCCAAGCCCUGCGACAGGACCUCCUGCUUCUCCGGGCGGUGUGUCAACUCCACCUGCCUGUGUGACCAGGGCUGGGUAGGAGACCAGUGCCAGCAUUGCCAGGGCCGGUUCAAGUUAACAGAACCCUCUGGAUAUUUAACAGAUGGACCAAUAAAUUAUAAAUAUAAAACUAAAUGUACAUGGUUAAUUGAAGGAUAUCCUAAUGCAAUAUUAAGAUUAAGAUUUAAUCAUUUUGCCACAGAAUGCAGUUGGGACCAUAUGUAUGUUUAUGAUGGAGAUUCAGUAUAUGCACCUUUAAUAGCUGUAUUUAGUGGUCUAAUAGUCCCUGAGGUGCGGGGAAAUGAAACUGUUCCUGAAGUAGUUACUACAUCUGGCUAUGUGUUGCUACACUUUUUUAGUGAUGCUGCUUAUAACCUAACUGGAUUUAACAUAUUUUACUCCAUUAAUUCCUGUCCUAACAAUUGCUCAGGGCAUGGGAAGUGUACAACUAGUGUUUCCAUUCCAAGCCAAGUGUACUGUGAGUGUGACAAGUAUUGGAAAGGCGAAGCCUGUGAUAUUCCAUACUGUAAAGCUAACUGUGGGAGCCCAGAUCAUGGCUACUGUGAUCUGACAGGCGAGAAGCUGUGUGUGUGCAAUGAUAGCUGGCAAGGCCCUGAUUGUUCUUUGAACGUUCCUUCCACGGAGUCUUACUGGAUUCUACCAAAUGUAAAGCCAUUCAGUCCUUCUGUAGGUCGGGCUUCUCAUAAAGCAGUUCUACAUGGAAAAUUUAUGUGGGUGAUUGGUGGAUAUACCUUUAACUACAGUUCAUUCCAAAUGGUAUUAAACUAUAAUUUAGACAGCAACAUAUGGAAUGUAGUACCUGUAUCAAAAGGACCUCUCCAGAGAUAUGGACACAGUCUUGCUUUAUAUCAGGAAGACAUCUACAUGUAUGGAGGCAAAAUUGAAACAAAUAAUGGGAAUGUCACUGAUGAGCUGUGGAUAUUCAACAUAAACAGUCAAACAUGGAGUGCCAAAAUUCCUGCAAUACUUGUACAUGGCCAACAGUAUGCUGUGGAGGGUCACUCAGCGCAUAUAGUAGAGUUGGACAGCAGAGAUGUUGUCAUGAUCAUCAUUUUUGGAUACUCUGCAGUGUAUGGUUACACAAGCAGUGUGCAAGAGUACUAUAUCAGAUCAAAUUCAUGGCUUGUGGCAGAAACAAAAGGAGCAAUUGUGCAAGGUGGAUAUGGUCAUACUAGUGUCUAUGAUGAAAUGACAAAAUCCAUUUAUGUUCAUGGUGGAUACAAAGCAUUACCUGGCAAUAAAUAUGGAUUGGUGGAUGACCUUUAUAGAUAUGAAGUUAAUACGAGGACGUGGACUAUUUUGAAAGAGAGUGGUUUUGCAAAGUAUCUUCAUUCAGCUGUCUUAAUAAGUGGAGCUAUGCUGAUUUUUGGUGGAAAUACCCAUAAUGAUACUUCUCUGAGUAAUGGUGCAAAGUGCUUUUCAGCUGACUUUCUGGCAUAUGACAUAGCUUGUGAUGAAUGGAAAAUUUUACCAAAACCUAAUCUGCAUCGAGAUUUGAACAGAUUUGGACACACUGCAGUUGUCAGUAAUGGGUCCAUGUACAUAUUUGGGGGUUUUUCAAGUGUUCUGUUGAAUGAUAUCCUUGUGUACAAGCCUCCAGACUGUGAAGCAUUCAGACAAGAGGAACUGUGUAAAAAUGCUGGUCCAGGGAUAAGAUGUCUGUGGAAGAAAAACCAUUGUGAAUCCUGGGAAUCUGGACGUGCUAACAACGUCCUUGAAGCAAAGUGUACCAGAAAAACAGCUGCUGCAGAUGACAGAUGUUACAGAUAUGCAGACUGUGCCAGUUGUACCGCCAAUACAAAUGGUUGCCAGUGGUGUGAUGACAAGAAGUGCAUUUCAGCGAACAGUAACUGCAGUAUGUCAGUCAAAAACUACACCAAAUGUCAUGUGAGAAAUGAACAGAUCUGUAAUAAAUUGACCAGCUGUAAAAGUUGCUCACUAAACCUGAACUGCCAGUGGGAUCAGCGGCAGCAAGAAUGCCAGGCUUUACCAGCUCAUCUGUGUGGGGAAGGAUGGAGUCACAUUGGCGAUGCCUGCCUUCGCAUAAAUUCUAGUCGUGAAAGCUAUGACAAUGCCAAACUAUACUGCUACAAUUUGAGUGGGAAUCUUGCCUCAUUAACAACCUCAAAAGAAGUGGAAUUUGUUCUGGAUGAAAUACAGAAGUAUACAGUUCAGAAAAUAUCACCUUGGGUAGGUUUGCGCAAGAUCAACAUCUCCUACUGGGGAUGGGAUGACAUGUCUCCUUUCACAAAUACGACACUGCAAUGGCUUCCUGGAGAACCAAAUGACUCUGGCUUCUGUGCAUAUCUAGAAAGAGCAGAGGUGUCAGGGCUGAAAGCGAAUCCAUGCACCGCUAAGGCAGAUGGUCUUGUCUGUGAAAAACCUGUUGUUAGUCCUAAUCAAAAUGCUAGACCCUGCAAAAAAACAUGUUCCCUGAGAACAACAUGUUCCAACUGCACGAGCAAUGGCAUGGAGUGUAUGUGGUGUAGCAGUACAAAACGAUGCGUUGACUCCAAUGCCUAUAUAAUCUCCUUUCCAUAUGGACAGUGCCUAGAGUGGCAAACUGCUACCUGCUCUCCUCAAAACUGCUCUGGAUUGAGGACCUGUGGGCAGUGUUUGGAACAGCCUGGAUGCGGGUGGUGCAACGAUCCCAGUAAUACAGGAAAAGGGCAUUGUGUGGAAGGAUCUUCAAGAGGGCCAAUGAAGCUUGUUGGAGUGCACUCCAAUGAAAUGGUUCUUGACACUAAUCUUUGUCCAAAAGAGAAAAAUUAUGAAUGGUCUUUCAUCCACUGUCCAGCUUGCCAGUGUAAUGGGCACAGCACCUGCAUCAAUGGCAAUAUUUGUGACCAGUGUAAAAACCUAACUACAGGAAAACAGUGUGAAACAUGCAUGCCAGGUUACUAUGGAGAUCCAACAAAUGGAGGCCAAUGUACAGCUUGCACGUGCAGUGGACAUGCAAAUAUUUGUCACAUGCAAACAGGAAAAUGUUUUUGUGCAACUAAAGGAAUCAAAGGAGACCAGUGUCAACUCUGUGACUCUGAAAACAGGUACCUUGGAAAUCCACUCAGGGGAACGUGUUACUACAGCCUUUUGAUUGACUACCAGUUUACCUUCAGCUUAUUACAAGAAGAUGAUCGCCACUUCACUGCCAUAAACUUUAUAGCAAACCCUGAACAGUCAAACAAAAAUUUGGAUAUAUCAAUUAAUGCUUCAAACAACUUUAACCUCAAUAUUACAUGGUCUAUUGGUUCUACAGCAGGAACAAUAUCUGGAGAAGAGAUUCCUGUUGUUUCCAAGACUAAUAUCAAGGAAUUUACAGAUAGCUUUUCUUGUGAAAAAUUCAACUUUCGGAGUAACCCAAACAUCACUUUCUAUGUGUAUGUCAGCAAUUUUUCCUGGCCAAUCAAAAUACAGGUUGCCUUUUCACAGCACAACACCAUCAUGGAUCUCGUGCAGUUCUUUGUCACCUUCUUCAGUUGUUUUUUGUCCUUACUGCUGGUGGCUGCUGUCGUUUGGAAGAUCAAACAAACCUGUUGGGCUUCUCGACGGAGAGAGCAACUUAUGCGGGAGCGACAGCAGAUGGCCAGCCGUCCCUUUGCUUCUGUCGAUGUAGCACUGGAAGUAGGAGCUGAGCAAACAGACUUUCUACGAGGGCCAUUAGAGGUCACCUGUUCUGAUCUAGUCCAGGGCUCUCCUAAACCAAUUGCCAUUGAGCCUUGUUCAGGAAACAAAGCAGCAGUCCUUACUGUAUUUUUAUGUCUACCGAGAGGAUCAUCAGGAGUCCCACCCCCUGGUCAAUCAGGUCUUGCAAUUGCAAGUGCAUUGAUAGACAUUUCCCAACAGAAGCCUGCAGACUGUAAAGAUAAGAGUUCAGGAGUCAGAAAUCGAAAGCAUCAUCUUUCAACACGUCAAGGAACUUGUGUGAAGGUGAUGACAUUUUACUGUUUGCAGUUGACUACAUAGUUACUUGCAUGCCAUGGUGGUGCAGUAGCAGUAAUAAAGCCCUGUUGUGAGUUGAUAGUGUUUAUUUUGUAAUGCCAGUAACAGAAAACUAUUCCACUUAAUUUGGAUGAGGACUGAAUGUAAAAAUUAAAUAAGUAUUAAAAAGAAUGGUUGUACAGGAUUAUUAGGUUGCAUCUGCUAUAUUGUUUUGACAAAUUGUGCAUUUAUGAAUUAUGCUAUAAUUAUUCCUUAGCUGGCAUGAUUGUUUCAGUAUUUUCCUAUCUUAAAAUAUGGCUGAUUCUUAAGCUAAAAUAAUGCCAUUAUGAUAUUGUGUUUUUAUUGACUAUGCUGACCUCACUCCCUUAUUUGUUAAAACCUAAGAUUCAUUUUGAAAGAUUCUUUUGUGAAUUUUCAGUCAAUGCUACUUAAAACCUGGAAAAAAGAGUCUUCUGAAAAUAGCUCCUUCUGUCAGUUUUAAUGCGGAACUGCUUGAGGGAAAAUAAGCCAGUAGAACUGGUGUGCAUGGUGAAUUAGCCAUUCAAAAAGAAAAGAAAAAUAAACCACUUGUCAGGAAAUUUUCCCUAAUUCUGUAAUAUCUUUCUGUUGAAACAUUACACAUGAAAAAUAUACAUUUCUUUGUGUGUACCUGAGACCUAUGGUACACAGGGCAUGUAUUCUACAGAGCAAUUUCUCUGACUGGAAUCCCCAAGUGGGAAUUGCAUCUGCCUGUAGUCACCUGGAGUUUGAUGUUACUUGAAAAGUAAAUUUACGUUUAAAUGGAUUAUAAUGUUUAUUGUAGCACUUGAGAUGGGCAGAUAUUCAUUAGGCAUUUUAUAAAGUUAUCAGUUAAAAACAUGUUGUUUUUAUUGUUCAGGUAAAGUACCAGUGUCAUCGGGUCAUUCAACAUAUUCAUUAUAUUCAGAGUACUUUUUCUAACACUUCCGUGAUCAUUCUUCUCCCAGGCUCCCUGCAUACAAAUUAGUAAAAGUAAAUGCAUUAAAGAGAAAUAUUAAUGUAAUGGUCACUAUUAAAUGGAAGUUUGGAACAGGAAUCAAACCACAGUAUCUGUGUAACUGUGAUUACUUUGUUUUAGGUCUAUGAAAAUACUGAUGUGUCUCAGUGCCACACUGUGCCAGUUGUUGGCAAAUACUGACUCUUAAUGGUGACCACUGUACACUGGGUGACAGAUAUUCUCAUUUGCUUUAUGCUCAAGAAUGUUCAGUGCUCUGCUCCCAGAAUAUUUUUGAACUCUUGAUCAAAUUCAGAAAAUGUUGAGUGACCCUUUGUAACUUUAGCAUGAUUUAUGUUGGACUAAGAAUGCAGGGCUAAAAACUGAUCUGAAUAGUGGCCCUGUGGUGAAAUUCUGACCAUCAGGAUUCGAUAUCUGUAUAUAUUUUCUUUGCAAACCAGUCAUGGAUACUUCUAGGGGGAAAUUCACAGCUAUAAAUUACUGUUCAAAGCAAAGUAACAGAUAUAUUUCUUACUGUAGAAUGGUGAACCAAUCUCUCCAUUUCUCAUGUGUGUGUGUACCCUCUCAUGAAGCUACUUGAAUAUAGUCUGUGUAAAUAAGUUACACUUCAGAAUGCAAUGAGUUCGAGUAAUUAUAUUUCUUUGUAAGAGACAGAUAUAUAUCUUUAACUGGGCAAAUUCAGAUUUAGAUCUGACUGCAUUUUUUUUUUUUACAAUGGGGCCCUCUAUUUAUAUAGUAGAACCAAAAAUGUAGAACAUUGGAAAAGUUUGGAUCUUGAUAUAUAGAGUCUGAUGUAUAAAAUCAGCAGCAAUGAUUAAUUUUCCAAACAAUUUACACUGUAGGUCUGGAAUCCUGAGGGUAAGAAUUUUGGGAUCACUUUAACAACGGUUCAAUUUUUAGGCCUAAUAACUUUGACAGUAUUCAUCUAGAUUAUACAGUCAUUAUGUAUUUAAUUUGAUUACCAGUUGUUGUUUUUUUAAAACCACCUGAAGGGUUUCUGGACAAUAAAGGUAAAGUC